AUGUCUCUCUCAAGGCAAAGGGUUUCGGCAAAACUUCGAAGCGGUUACGUUUUUUGUUAUUAUGUUUCCGGACAUGGAUUCGGUCAUGCAACAAGAGUCGUACAAGUAGCGUCCGAGAUUCUUUCCCUCCCUCGUCGACACACUUUGUAUAUAAUUUCAAAUGCACCUGAAUUCAUUUUCCAAGGAGCAAUAAAACUUGGUGCAAUAUAUAGACAUGCGCUUAUAGAUGCCGGUGUUAAACAGCCUCGAGCAUACACUGUUGAUAGAUAUCAAACCAUAGAUGAUCUGAAAUUAUUUCUUCAAAAAAGACCAGAUAUGAUAGUAAAAGAGGCCGAAUGGCUAAGAAACGUAAAGGCUAAUAUAGUAUUGUCUGAUGCUCCUUUCCUUCCUUGUGCUGCUGCUGCUUCAGUCGGGAUUCCGUCAGCUAUAGUUAGUAAUUUUACAUUUGACGCGGUAUAUAGUGGUUUGUGUGAAGGUGACGAACUGGAUAUUACCAUAAGGAGACUCGUUAAACAAGUAAUAGAUGAUUAUAAAAAAUCUGAAUUGUUAAUUCGUCUACCCGGUUAUAUCCCAAUACCAUCAUAUUCCGGAACUCAACUGUAUCCAAAUUCAAAUGUGACUAAACAAUUAAACGGUUGUGUUACAUCAAAUGGAUCAUCAAUUGGAUCUGAUCGUAUUAGCAGACGCUGUAAUGUUGUUGAUGUUCCUCUUGUUGUUCGAAAAUCUAAAACGCCAAGAAAUGUCGUACUUUCUAAUCUUGGUAUCUCAAAAGAGGUAUUUGACACUCACAAAGUCCUGCUGGUAUCUUUUGGUGGUCAAAAUUUGGUGGGGAUAGAAGAAUGGGGUUCUCCCUUGCCUGAUGAUUGGAUCGCUAUUGUUUGUGGUAACCCAGGGGCUGUUUUACCUGAUCGAUUUUAUGCAUGCGCCAAGGAUGCAUAUAUUCCUGAUUUAACAAAUGCUGCAGAUGCUGUAAUGGGCAAACUGGGUUAUGGUACUUGUUCCGAAUGUAUUGGCCACGGAAAACCUUUCAUUUAUGUCCCACGACCACAGUUUAUCGAAGAAUAUGGACUGCGUAGUUUAAUGGAAACUCAUGGUUUAUGCGUAGAGAUGUCAAAGGAUCAUUUUGAAGCUGGACAAUGGAAAGAAUAUAUAUUAAAAGCUUACGGCAUGUCCGAUCAAAAUACUGAUAAAAGAUUAACACAUGACGGUGGUAAAGUAGUUGCUAAAAUAGUUGAACAAUUUUUAGAUGAACGUUCGA